AUGGUUGUUUGUGCAACUCCGCAGAUGGCUUUCAGUUUUGAUGAUGUGAGAACGAAAACCGUGGAGAAUUUAAUUUUUCAUUUGAUAGAAGAAGUAACUAACAUAACAGAAACUUAUCCACUUCCCAAAGGACAGAGCCCUGAAAGUUUAAUCAUAGCAGUCGAAAAUUCCGUAGAUAAGUUUGUACAGCAGGCUGAUGUUGCUAUCAAAGAUUGCCUCCACGCUAAGGGUAGUGCAGCUGAGCGAUUAAUUCAAGCUAUUGGAGAUGUUCAGCGUUCAGGUCAAAAUUUGAGCAAAAUCGGAAGGGAAUUCGUGAGAGAUAGUACCUCAUCACAGAGAAGGAAAGAUGCUGUCGAAGCUGGACAAUUACUUCUUCAGUCUGUUGCUCAUUUACUCAUUAUUGCCGAUAUGUUGGAUGUUUCAUUGCUCACAGAUGUUAUCGAGGAUGUACUCGAUACAUUAGAACGUCUUCGUAACUCUGAGUCAAACCAAGAAGUCAUCGAACGCUAUUCAACGCUUAUGGCUCAAAUUGAAGAAGUUGAGGAAACAAUAAAGCGCCGUAUAAAUGAUUUGAGAGAUCCAGCAGAUAGAGAUGAUCUCUUAGCUGCUUUCAGCACACUAAAGGCAGUCUGUCCAAUGGUUUUGAACUCUACAAAGGCUUUCGUUAGACAUCCGGAGAGUGAAGAGUCUAGAAGAAACUGCGACUAUGCAUAUGAACAAGCUUCGAACGCCUUGCAUGCUAUGUCAGAUAUUCUCAAUGGUAAACGCCCAAGAUAUUUCUCUCGUAUCGGUGAUGUGAAAAACUUAGCCAUAAUGCUUGAUGACUUCGAGGGAAAUGUUUACGCCAUUGAUCAAGCAUCUUAUAAGAAACAUUUACAUAAUCCCAAGUUGGAAUCCAUGUUGGAAGACAUAAUCCGAGGAGCUGGCAUUCUUGCUAACUAUGAAUUUACCCGUCCUAACCGUCGCUCAGCUAUCCCUGAUGAAUGUAAUAAUGUCCGACAAGCACUUCAAGACUUGCUCAACGAGUUCGAAAAAAAUCUUGGACGCAAAGAAACUUCCGACGAUGUUGAUUUGGCUAUGGUUCAAGUUAAGAACAAAACAAAAGACCUACGAAGACAGUUACGUCGAGCCAUCGUUGACCAUGUCAGUGACGGUUUCCUCGAUUUACAUUCACCUUUGUUGAACCUCAUUGCUGCUGCUGAAUCUCGCGAUCCUGAGCGUACUGAAAUUUGUGCUAAGCAUUUCUUGCAACAUGCUGAUGAGCUCGUAAAGGUUGCUAAGAGGUCUUGUGAAAUGUCUACUGAUCUCGAAGGAAUCAGAGUCAUUCGAUACACCGCUGAUAGCCUGGAGAAGUUGGCACCUGAAGUCGCCAAUGCUGCCCAUCUUUUAUGUGCUCAAGGAGACAGUGAAGUAGCCAAGAAAAAUAUGCAAGUGUACCGUGAAGCUUGGCUAUCAAAGGUUCGUCUCUUAACUAUGGCCGUCGAUUCUAUCAUCUCACUUGAUGAUUUUCUUGCUGUCAGUGAAGCUCAUAUUGGAGAAGAUGCUAUGCGUGGAAUUGAGGCUAUUCACGUGUCUGAUUCCACUCUUCUUGAUGGUUGUGCCGGGGCUAUUCGAGGUCGUGCUCUUCGUGUGUGCUCAGUUGUUGAGAACGAAUUGGACGCAUUACCUGUAAACAGCUACUCCGACAGAAUAAAAAUAGCUACUGUUAAACUUCGCGGAGAGAAGCUGAACGAGUUUGCUGACAGGGCUGGCGAUGUCAUUCAAAGUGUUCAAGAAGCUCAACAUAAAGGAGAACGAGAUCCAACCCAGAGAAACCGUGACUCCGACGAAUUUGUUGAAGUUUGCACGCUAGUUCAUGAUGCUGUAAAAGAAAUCCGAAAUGCUCUUCUCAUCAAUAGAAGCCCUGAUGAAGUUGACUCCGAUAAUGAAUACGAAGAAGAUGGUCAUACUCUUCAUGAUAAUGCUAGCAAAAUUUCUGAAGGUGAAAACCAACAGAAAAUUAUGCGUCGCUUACCCGAAGAAGACAAGAAGAAGAUUCAGGAACAAAUUGAUGUGUUCAAGAUUACUCAAACCAAAUUCGAGCGUGAAGUUGCUAAGUGGGAUGAAACUGGUAACGAUAUUAUUGUUCUCGCGAAGCACAUGUGUAACAUCAUGAUGAACAUGACUGACUUCACAAGAGGUCGUGGUCCCUUAAAAACAACUAUGGACGUUAUUGGAGCUGCUCAAGAGAUUUCUGUAGCCGGAGAAAAGUUGAAAACACUUGCAACUCAAAUCGCUGAUGAGUCUGCUGAUUCAUAUACUAAACAGGAUCUCAUGGCUUAUUUGUCCAAAAUCCCGUUGUACUGUCAGCAGUUGAAUAUCUGCAGUAAAGUAAAAGCUGAUGUACAACAAGUAGGAAACGAAUUAGUGGUUUCUGGAUUAGAUUCAGCCAUGUCUCUCAUUCAAACAGCCAGAAAUUUAUUAGGCGCUGUUGUCAUGACUGUGAAAUCUGCUUACAUCGCCAGUACCAAGUUCCGUCGUCCUAAUUCUAUGGGUCCCAAAUUUGAUUGGAGAGCUGCUCCACCCCAAAAGAAGCCUUUGGUUCGCCCUCCUCAAAAAACUAGCAGUGUCAUUCGCAGGGCAAGUGAACGUCGUCCCAUGCGACCUCAACAAGUCCUUGACGAGUUCUUCCAAUAA